UGCUGUUUGAUUUUCUCCCCCCUCUGCUAGGCAGGUCAGUGACUUUGUCCCCCAUCACCUGUCUGCUCUCGCUCUUGCCUGGAGACAUUGCUGCAAUGCAGAACGCCAUGUCAGGUUUAACACUCUCUCUGCUUUUACUGCCGCUGUGCGCUGCCGAUGUCUUCCUGAGGCCGUAUGAUGCCCAUUCCGUCCUGCACCGCCCCCGGCGAGCCAACACUGGCCUGCUGGAGGAGCUGAGGCAGGGCAGCCUGGAACGGGAGUGCAUCGAGGAGGUCUGCGACUACGAGGAGGCACGGGAGGUCUUCGAGGAUGACGCCUUGAUGAAUCGGUUUUGGACGAUGUACAGAAACCGCAACCCAUGUGAUCCCAAUCCAUGCCUCAACAACAGAAAUUGUGUCCAUUUUCAAUCGAUCUAUCAAUGCCAAUGUCCGAGGGGUUCCAAGGGAGACACUGGCAAGAAGGUUGGUGAGCCACAAAAACGACUGCACCUAGCAGGUCCCCAGCCACAAAAUGUGCUUUUAUAGUGCCGUUAUAGUCUUAUUGCCUUUGUUGAGUCUAUAACCAUGUCAAACGGUGAUGCAUGAUACGUGAUAAAGGACCAGUGUGUGGCUCAGUGGGUUUGGAGAGUGUUUCCCAAUCCGGUCCUUGGGAGCCCACAGCCAGUCCAUGAUUUCGCUGCCUCCAUGCUUUAGGUGACCACCCAAUCCACUCUGAGCUAUUUCAGGUUUUACAGCCUACUUUAAAACUGAAAGGCUCCCAUGUUUUGUUCAAUUGUUUGGUUUGCCUUAUACCUUUACUGGUAUGUUUCCUUGAUUGAAAGACUCAUCCAACUGUUUCACAUUAACACUAGUGACACAUGCAUGAUAAUAGGAGACUGACCAAUCAGCACUCAGCAAGAACUCAGUGAAAUAUGGGUCCUUUUAAUUGAAAUCUUUCAAAUGGUACGUCACAAACCCUUUCAUAGCUCAUAGUAUCCCUCCUGACAUUGAUUAGGUGGUUAUCCUAUUCAUGGUCCCUUCCAGGCAGACCACAUUUCUGCUCCCAGCUGGGAGGGAGCAAAAACAUGGACUGCUGUAGGUCCCCGAGGACCGGAUUGGGAAACACUGGGUUAGGAUACUGCGCCUGUGACAAGGUCACCGAGCUGAAGCCCAUUCUUGGCAGAAUAGUCACAUUGGGCCCUUCAGCAACUGCCCUGAAAUGCUCGAGGCGUCCCAGAUAAAUGAAGCAUCUCUGGUGACCCCACACUGUGUCAGACUGGGCUUCAUAUCGGGGAGAGGAGAUCACUGUAGAGGAUUCCGUGACACAGGAAACAGUUCCCCACCCCACCCGCAAGCCGAGUUUACUCCGUUUCCCACAGCCAGAGUAGCGAAACACUGAAGUGUCGCUAUCUGAACGGGGACUGUGAGCACUUCUGCAACGAUACAGGGGGACAGGUAAUGUGCGCGUGUGCUGAUGACUACGCCCUGGCAGAGGACGGGCGGAGCUGCAUCGCUCAAGGUGAGGAGAUUGGGAGAUAGUGGGGGUAACUGUAAUGCCUGCAAUAGACAGCAGGUGAUGUAGCGAUUACGGAUGUGAACUGGUAACCUGAGGCAUUACAGUUGAAAAUUGAAAAUUGAAAGUUUCAUUUUUGGAACUAAAUGUAUUUAAUACACAGCCCCCCCCCCCCCCCCCCCCCCCCCAUGUGAAACUUUGUAACACAGUUUGUUGUACCGAGCUGUUUGCUUGUCUCACAGUGCAGUAUCCCUGUGGUAAGGUGCCACUCUUGGAGGCCUCAAAACUGCAGGCCAACAAGACAAUGAGAGAAUCAGAGUAUGGCCAGUACUGCCCGAAAGGCCACUGCCCCUGGUGUGAACCCUCAACCGCAACCACGAGUGACCUUUGCUCAGAGUCCCACAGAGGAAAGCUGGGAAGUCUCAAUGCGACCAGAAAGUCACGUACAUCUGUGGUUGCCAGGGGAGAAAGGGGAAGACUAUCGGGGACUCUGAGACUACAGGGGGCAUGAGGGUGGAUAUUGGUUUGGAGCUCAUUUGGGAGAAUUUUUCAAGGGCUCAGCCAUGUGUUUGUGCAACCUAGAUUGUUACUUGUAGUUGGUUCAUUUUGAUGUUCUGAUCUGUAACU